GUGCAGAAAUCCCUCAAACUCUGACUGAAAUGUACAUCCACUUCCUGCUGAUUCAGAUCAACAUGAGGAACCAGAAGUAUGAAGAGAGAUAUCCAGAGAAACUCCUGCAGUCCAACAUAGAAGUGAUUGUGAAACUUGCUGAAGUGGCUUUCAAACAGCUGAUGAAGGGCAAUGUGAUGUUCUACGAGGAGGACCUGAUUGAGAGCGGCAUAGACCUCACUGAUGCCUCAGUGUAUUCUGGGAUUUGCACUGAGAUCUUUAAGGAGGAAUCUGUGAUUCAUCAGAGGAAAGUCUACAGCUUCAUUCAUCUCAGCUUUCAAGAGUUUCUUGCUGCUUUUUAUGCAGUUUACUGCUAUUUAUGUAGAACUACUGAAUCACUUUUUGAUUCACUACAUAAUUUUCAUACACGUGUAUUCAGUAAAGUACAAGAAAGUGAAAAUGGACAGCUUGAUCUGUUCCUGCGAUUUCUGCUGGGCAUCUCACUGGAGUCCAAUCAGAGACUCUUACAGGAUCUACUGACACACACAGAGAACAGCUCAGAGAGCAUCGAGAAAACAUCACUGUAUAUUAAAAACACAAUUAAGAAGAACAAACAUCUGUCCACUGAAAGAUCCAUCAAUCUGUUCCUCUGUCUGCUGGAAGUGAAAGAUCAGACUCUGUCCAGAGAGAUUCAGGAAUUUGUGAAAUCAGACAACUGUCUGCUGGAAAAACUCUCUCCCGCUCACUGCUCAACAAUCUCCUACAUGCUUCAGAUGUCGGAGGAGCCGCUGGAUGAGCUGGACCUCAAGAAAUACAACACAUCAGAUGAGGCUAGAAGAAGACUGAUACCAGCUGUGAUGAACUGCAGAAAAGCUUUUCUUGCUGACUCUAAUCUCACUGGUCAGUGCUGUGAAAUUGUAACUUCAGCUCUGCAGUCAUCAAAUUCCCUGCUGAGAGUGCUGGACUUAAGUAACAAUGACCUGCAGGAUUCAGGUGUAAAGCUGAUCUCUCAUGCACUGAAGACUACAAACUGUCACCUGGAGAUACUGAGAUUAUCUGGCUGUAUGGUGACAGAGGUCGGCUGUUGUUAUCUGGCUUCAGCACUGAGAUCAACAACAUCACACCUGAAAGAGCUAGAUCUGAGCUACAAUCACCCAGGGGAUUCAGGAGUCAAGCUGCUCUCUGAGAGACGCAAUGAUCCAAAUUGCACACUGCAAAAACUCAAUCUGGACCAUAAUGAACACUUCAGAAUCACACCAGGACUGUGGAAAUAUGACUGUGAUCUCUCACUGGAUCCAAACACAGCAGACAUUUGUUUAUCUUUGUCUGAAGAGAACAGGAAGGUGACAUAUAUGAAAGAACCACAGCCCUAUCCUUAUCAUUUAGACAGAUUUGAUAGAUGUUCACAGGUUCUCUGUCGAGAGAGUCUGUCUGAACGCUGUUACUGGGAGGCUGAAUGGAGCGGUAGAGGUGCUUUUAUAUCAGUGGCGUAUAAAGGAAUCAGCAGAAAAGGAGAGAGUGAUGACUGUCUGUUUGGAUGCAAUGAGAAGUCUUGGAGUCUGGACUACUCCUUUAAUAGAUUCAGUGCCUGGCACAACAAUGAGGUCAUUUACAUUUCUCCACCGUCGCCUCCCUCUAAUAAAGUAGGAGUGUAUCUGGACUGGUCGGCCGGCACUCUGUCCUUCUACAGUGUUUCUGAAACACACACACUCACACACUUACACACAUUCAACACUAUGUUCACUGAACCAGUCUAUGGUGGACUUGGUAUUUAUGAUUCUUCAGUGUCUCUUUGUCAGACUCCACACAAACAACUGUAAACUGACUUGCAAAUAUGUCUUCUCAAAGCUCUAGCUCUGUUUUUCAACCUUGAAAAAUAUAUGUAAGAUAAUUAUGUAAUGGUUUCUUUUUAUA